AUGUCCCGUCGCCCUUCUUUAGAGAGUCGUCGAAACUCUACGGUCCAACCAGCGUCGCAAAAUUCAAAGGAUUUUACUGCAACGCACAAGGAAUACGCUAGUAAUUUGGAAACUACGGAUGCCGAAGAUAAUUUAGAUUACCCUAACAAAUGGGCGCGGUAUCGCGAGUACAUAAGAGAGCCUUUUGCAGAGUUUCUCGGUGUCAUGAUUUUGAUUAUCUUUGGAAAUGGGGUUGAUUGUCAGGUUAUCCUUGGGGGUAGUACAGCAGUCACUUCUGCGCCAAAAGGAGACUAUCUAUCCAUCAACAUCGGAUGGGGAGUUGGGACAGCAAUGGGAGUCUGGGUGUCUGGUGGAAUCUCCGGUGGCCAUAUUAAUCCUGCUAUAACCAUCUUGUUCGCUGUCUUCAGAGGAUUCCCAUGGAAGAAAGUCCCAAUCUACAUUUUUGCGCAGGUUAUGGGAGGUCUUUGCGGUGCUGCCAUUGUUUAUGCAAAUUAUUUCCAUGCCAUCGAUCUCUUUGAGGGCCCAGGCGUUCGCACUCUUGCAACGGCCGGCCUGUUCUCAACUUAUGCACUUGACUAUAUGACUAAUGUUUCUGCAUUCUUUGAUGAAUUCCUUGGCACCGCCGUCCUCGCCAUUGUUGUCCUUGCAAUGAACGACGCCGAAAACAGCCCACCGCCGGCAGGCCUUGGUCCUCUUGUCUUGUUCAUCCUGAUUACGGGUAUCGGUACGGCUCUUGGAAUGCAGACAGGUUACGCUAUCAACCCCGCUCGUGACCUUGGUCCUCGUUUGUUUACUGCAAUGGCUGGCUAUGGGAAAGAAGUCUUUACUUUCCGUAAUCAAUAUUGGAUAUGGUGUCCUAUCAUGGGACCGAUCCUGGGUGCAUUAGUUGGGGCUCUUGUAUACGAUUCCAUGCUGUACACUGGCAAAGACAGUAUCAUAAAUAGGCCUAAAAUCUGA